AUGUUUAGCGUUGAAGAGAAGGCAUUGUUGGCAGUGGGAGUAGUCAGUGCUGGAUUUGUAUUUAUCUUUUUGGUAACACUACUCAUUUUAUAUUUUAGUACUUUGAAAGCAGUCAAGAGUAUAGUUAGUGGAUCGAGAAGAGAUGAACUGCGAAUGUUAGAAAGCAAAGGAAGUGGUGGUAGAAGCGAUUCAGGUGACGAUAAAAUCUCGAGUUCACAAUCGGAUCUACUGUAUUUAGAGUUUGUCGAUCGUAGACGUUGCCGGCGUUAUCAUUAUGACACUGCUUGGCUGCACCUAUUGGCUCAGUUUUGUAACACCGUCCAACUCGGCAAUCGUUGCAUCUACGCUGGCAUCGAAUCCGUUAAACGGUGCAGCGCGAUGGGUCCGCCGACUCUGGUGGAAACUCCAACACAAACCACACUAUUGGAUUCCCGGAUUUAUCGGGGUUGCGAUGAUUGUUCUCGUGCUGAACUUGUCGCUUUGGGGCGUCUGUGA